AUGGCGGCUGUCACCCCGGUCUACAAUUACAACUUCCACGUCAUCGCUUACGAGACCGCCAACAGCGGCGGCUUUGGCGACGGCUGGCGGUCGCUGCUGUAUUGGCUCGGGGUCCCGGGGAUGGCGGUGGCCGCCAUGAUGUUUCUGAGCGUGCAGGAGCCGAGGGAGCAGCAGAAGCUGGAGCAGCAGCAGCGGGAGCGGCAGCAGCAGCGGGAGCAGGAGCAGCGGCAGCAGCGGGCGCAGGCGCAGCAGGAGCAGCUCGAGCGCGGGCGGGAGCAGCCGCUGUGGGAAGCGCGGAGGGACGAGCGGGACGGCGACGGGACCGGCGGCGGCGGCGGCGAGGGGGCGGCCUUGCUGCAGGCCAGCGGCGUCGCGGGCGCGCUGCGGCGGCUGGCGCGCUCCGCAGAUCACUGGCAGCCGGCGCCGGCGGGCGACCCCGGCGGCGCCCUCGCGACCCUCCGGCGCCGUCUCGUAAGCGGGAUCACCCCGCCGCCCGCGGGGGCCCCGGCCCUCGUCCCCGCCGCCGCCGCAGCCGCCGCUGCCGCACCGCCGCCCGCGCUGUCCGCCCCCGAAGGCUUCGGCGGCGCCGCGCUCGCGCCCGUGCGGGAGCUGCUGGCCAACCCUGCCUUCCGCACCACCACCCUCGCGGCGGCGCUCAACGACCUGGGCAGCUACGCGCUCAUCGCGUGGCACUCUACGUUCUACGAGCGCGUGUUUGGCCUUGACAGCAGUGUGUAUGCCCCCAUCCUCGCGGUCAUCCUGCCCGUCGGCGGCAUCGUGGGCGGCGUGGGGGGCGGGCUGAUAGCUGACGUGCUGUCGCAAGUCGGGGGCCGCUUCUGGCUCACGUCAGGCGCGUCCAUCCUGGCGGCGCCCUUCAUAGCGCAGUCCCUGCUGGCAGACUCCACCACUGACUCGUUCCUGGCCCUGCUGGUUGGCUUCGCCAUGAGUGAGGCGUGGCGUGCCCCCAGCGCCAUCAUGAUCCGCAGCAUCGCCCCCCAGGAGCUGGGCUCGACAGCCAGCGCCCUCUACCUCUGCAUACGCAACCUCGUCGGCGGCGCGGGGCCGGUGGCGGUCGCCAAGCUGGCCGAGGUUGUCGGCCUGCAGCGCGCCAUGCUGCUGGCGCCCGCGUGCUACGUCGUAAGCGGGCUCCUCUUUUUGGCCGCGGAGCGCGCGAUAGAGCAGCAGGGGCGGCAGAAGCUUGCCGCGGCCGCCGCCGCCGCCGCGCCGGCGCCGGGCGGCGCCGCUGCAGAGUGA